AUGACAACUGUUAUAGUAAUGUUGUUCCCGAUCUGGGUUGGUCUUCCUUUUACUAUAACAAAGUCAAAAGGUCAAACCCACUGGGGAUCAAGGAGUAUACAAGUACUGCGGUUAACUAUCUUCAGAUUUUACGGAUUCAUCAAAAUAAUGUCCGACAGUAAAAGGAAGACCAACCCAGAUCGGAAACGACAAAAGAUGGAGACGCCGGGGUUCGAACCCGGGGCCUUUCGCAUGCAAAGCGAAUAUGAUACCACUACAUCACAUCCCCAUAUAUACAUGGACACAAGUGCGGUGACAAUAGAAUUCUUUGUAAUUGAGGUAUUUGGGAUUGUUUAUGGGUUAGUAUCUCAAUAA